AUGCAACGAUUCAUUUGCGCCAUCUUUUCUAUGCUCGCUCUAGUGCAUGCUUCUCCUUAUGGAAGCAGCAGCGGUAGCUACGGUGGAUCAGCUCCAGCUCCAGCACCAGCACCAGCGCCUUACAGCAGUGGUCAGGUUGUGAUUUCAUAUGAACCUCCAGUUUUAUAUAAUAUUCCAGCACCAACGGCUUGGAAUUUAUCGCCUCGUCAUGCCGGUGCAGCGUUGACACCAGUUAAUGCUCGCACCAUCUCAGGAGAUGGCACACCUGGCUCUUUGGUCGGCAUUUCAUCACAGCCUAGCGCUGCUGCUGCUGCUGCUUCCGCUAAUGUACCAUUAAAUGCUGGUUCCUAUAAGCUUUGGGUGGUGCCCUCCUAUGAAGUACCCAAUGUGGUGGGACCUACUAGCGGCUAUGCUGGUCAAUUAUCGUAUGGUGGUGGUCAAUCAUACGGCGCUCAAGCGCCUGCCGCUCCAUCUUAUGGCGCCCAAUCAUCCAGUUACUAAUUGUUGUCGUUGGCUGCUUGAAAUUUGAAAUAAGAGAAACUUAAAUUGAAAUAUAAGCUCUAAGAGCAAAGUCCUU